ACUCAUACGCGAAAUUGCUCUUUCUGGGUGCUGACUGCAGAGCGCAAUCCGUCCGUCUGUAGGCAGUCAAAGCAGUUAGUGGCGCUCAGUCAACCAUUGAAGUGACUCCGAGUUGAAGCCUCAGAACCUGGACGAAGUUUAGCUUAUUUAUAUUUGAAGUGUGGCGACGUGCAAUGGUCGAAACCGCCUUACCCCUACGCCCUCGAUCGCUCACAGACUCUAAGGCAUAGAAACAGUACGCAAUCUGCCAUCGGAAGGCUGCUGUUUUUAGCGUUCCUGGCCGCUCCUAAUCUCCAGGAGAUUAGGACCCUAAGCAUUUAGUACGGUCCCACGAAAUAUUUAUAAUUCGGUCUCCAGUCGAGCUGACGGGUCCUAAUCCUCAGUAGUACUGUUUAUACUUGCGCGCGACAAUGCUGCGGUCUCUCUGCAGUUUCAUCCAGCAGGCUCACUCGCCAUUCCUUUCUAGCCAUCUCAUCUGCAAUUGCACAAGCAAAUGUCUUCCUGUGACCAAUCCACGUCAUCAAACGGCAGCUCCCCGAACGCCACGUCAGCAACACCACCUCCACCGCCGUGCACGCUUGCGUAUUCACUAUCUGGAAUCAUAUUUUUCUCCACUAUUGCGGGAUUCAUUAUUGUUGUAUUCGCUACAGGCCUCCUCGUAUAUAUUUUCCACAGGCUCGGGUGGCUUGUCGUGCCUGAACCUGCCCCGACUGCACGACCUGCAGUGGCUGCGCGAUUGCUGAUCCUUCGCGAAAGUGCGAGCAUCGCCAACGCUUCGCAGGGACUGGACCCAGAAGUGAUUCGCUCAUUCCCAGUUUACACGUUUUGUGACAAAUUCGACGGUCGGGAUGUUACACCCGACGCGAACGGGUUAGCCUCCGUUUGUAGAAUCAGCCACGAAAUUCCGAGAUCCGUUGACUCCUCUCGUCGAACCAGCAACGACGACGAAUUGGUGAAAGAAAGCACUGGCGAAAAUGGUUCAACGCGUGGCAAAUUCGUGGUAACCAUCGAGAGCGAUGAAGUGGUGAUGACGGGUCUGCGCGAGUGCGCGGUGUGCCUGGGCGAGUACGCGGCAGGCGAGCGCAUCAAGGUGGUGCCGGCGUGCGCACACGGCUUCCACGCGGACUGCAUCGACCUCUGGCUCGCCACCAAAACCACCUGCCCCAUCUGCCGAACAGACCUCAAGCCCGAAGCCCCCAUCACCCAGCAAGGAGACUCGCAGGUUGUUGUUACUGCAACCGGCAGAGGGGUAACAGAGGGAACGGGGGGUGAGGAAACAGCGGCAGUACCUCCGGGGCAGCAAUAGACAGCAGCAGCAGUGGGGGUGAGGGGGGUAUAAAAUGGAACGCAUCGCUCCCUGGAGGAGGGUGUGUUUUCCCCAACUCAGCCAUAUAUCAGGAGAGAGGUGCAUGGCGUGAAGAAGAGAGACGUCAUGCGGUGAAGCAGUGAGCCUCGACUAGCCCGUGGUCUCCUGAUGAAUGUGUUUGGCAGAGAAUCUUGACGAAUAUUGAGCCACAAAUCCCAAGGUUGCUCAUGCUACUGCUGCCAAUGUUUGAGGUGGUGUCAACACCACCACCGCUAACUAGCCAAUAUCCUAGUACCAAGUUUCUAAGCCCCUUGGAAGGACCACAAGUGCUGGCAAUAGGCCUAUGGUUUGGUGAGUGCAGGAAAAUCUUUUGUCUAGGAAAUGAAAGAGUGGAAAGGACGUGACGAACACUUUGGUGAAGAGGGUUUUUUGUACAGAAUAAUGUGGUACUGCAUUC